AUGGAUGCUCCGAGGAGAGUUACCAUCAAGGAAGCGAGUGCACCGGAUUAUGUCCUUCAACCCCUUCACGUAACUCACCCCAACUUGAAUGCGAACUUUGAAUUGAAGACCGCUUUGAUCAACCUCCUACCCAAGUUUCACGGGCUUCCUGCACAAGACCCCAUUCGACAUCUCAAGGACUUCCAUCGCAUAUGCUCGACUACUAGACGGGAAGGGUCCGAUGAAGUUGCUAUAUGGUUGUUUGCUUUCCCUUUCUCUCUUGAGGACAAGGCUAAAGAAUGGUUCUACACCCUCUCUAGUGAAGUUACCUCCGAUUGGGACCUACUUAGAAGGGAAUUCUUGGAUAAAUUCUUGCCCCCGGAAAAGAUGGAUAGGCUAAGGAAGGAAAUGUCUUGUAUUGUGCAAGGUGAGACGGAACCACUCUAUGAGUAUUGGGAACGGUUUCGCAAACUACUAGAUGCAUGCCCUAAUCACAUGAUCGACACUCAAGUAUUGCUUGGAUACAUAUGUCAAGGGAUGCGAGAGCAAGAUAAAACUGCGGAGGAGGCAUGGCAACUUAUUAUUGACUUAGCCGAAUCCAAUCAACAUAUGAGGCGAAGAGUCAACCGUUCAAGGACCGUGAACGAGGUAUCAACUAGUAGUGAAACCACCGCUCUAACUCAAUCCUUGAAUGAGAUGACAUCCAUCUUGAGGCAACUCCAAUUGAACCAACAACAACCACAACAACCUCAAUCAUAUCAACAACACCCCCCACCACCUCAACAACACAACCAACAAUUGGCAUUUGCUCUUGCUACUCUCACUACACGGAUGAGUGCCCAAGCCUUCAAGAAGACAACACCUUGGCAGCUACCCAUAAUUUCUAUGACCGCCCCAAUCAAGGGUACUACCAAGGCGGGAGGCAUCAACGCCAUCACUUUUAGAUCCGGUACACAACUAAAAGAGAAGGAAGCAAAGGACUCAAAUCCUAUCACAAUCGCUCAAGAGGAGGAAAGAAUAGAUAUAGAAGAGGUAGUGGAAAAGGAGACACCACAAGCCAUAGUUGAGGAUGAAGCCCAACCAACAAGGGAGACAGCCAAGGCCAAAAGAACCUUGGAGGAAGAAAUUGCUCAACCACUUCCAUUUCCAACACUUGCAAAGAAAGCUAAAAAGCGCAUAGAACUCGACCCCAAAAUGGUAGAAAUGUUCAAGAAAGUUGAGGUAACCAUCCCCCUCUUUGAUGCCAUCCAUCAAGUUCCUGGAUAUGCCAAAUUCCUCAAAGAUUUAUGCAUAAACAAGGAUAGAAUUCUUGAAUUGGAAACCAUCCCCUUGGGGAGUUCUAUUUCCGCUUUAAUGGGAACAUUGCCCGAGAAGUGUGAUGAUCCGGGCCCUUGUAUGGUCACUUGCACCGUCAAUGGAGCUCAAUUUAGAGAUUGUAUGUGCGACCUUGGAGCAUGUGUUAGCAUCAUGCCGCUCUCCGUCUACCGGGUAUUGAAGUUGCCACCACUAAAAAGGUCGACGGCAAGAUUUGUCCUAGCGGAUAAAAGCAUAAUAACCGUAGCGGGUGUUGCGGAAGAUGUAUUGGUGAAUAUAAAGGGGUUGGUGUUUCCGAUUGACUUCUAUGUCCUUGAAAUGCCAUCAAGCGAAACCGAGAGAGCAUCGUCUAUCCUACUUGGAAGGCCAUUCUUGAGAACUUCUAGAUUUAAGCUUGAUGCUUACUCGGGGAACUACUCAUUUGAAAUAGAUGGGAGAAUUGUAAGCUUUAGCCUAGAGGAAGCAAUGAAGCAUCCACCGGAAAACCACUCUCUAUUUCGGUGUGACCCAAUUGAUAACAUAGUGGCCGAAGUGCAUCUUGCAAGGUUAUAUGAGAAGUACAUGGUUGAAAAAACAAAUGAAAAGUCAAGCGAACUAAAUACCACACAUCAUACAAACCAUCCGGAAACUCAAACUUCAAAGAAUGACAAAAAGAUGGAAUUGAAGCCACUACCACCUCACUUAAGGUAUUCAUACCUUGAUGAAGCCCAAAAGCUACCCGUGAUAAUUGCACAAGAGUUAACUCCUCAACAAGAAGAAAAAUUGCUGAAUGUAUUGAGGAAAAACAAAAGGGCAAUUCCCCAAAGUAUGCGAGCACCGCAUAUUCCUUGA